AUGGCAGAGCAAACAAUUGCUCGAUACCGACCCUACGCUCAUGCAUCACCCGCCUGGGUCAAUGAGCUCGAGCUCGAGAAAGUCAUCGAAUUAGCGAAAACUCAAGCCGUCAAACCGAAGAUAUUGGUUCUCUUUGGCAGUUUAAGAGAGAGGUCGUUCUCCAAGCUGACGGCCUAUGAAGCGGCUCGCAUUCUCGACAGGAUAGGCGCGGACGUACGCGUUUAUGACCCUACAGGUCUGCCUAUGAAGGACGAGAUCUCAGUCGAGCACGAAAAAGUACAAGAGCUCCGCGCACUCAGUCUGUGGAGUGACGGUCACUUUUGGUGCUCGCCCGAGCAGCAUGGCACCAUGACAGCCGUCUUCAAGAAUCAGAUCGACUGGAUUCCACUUUCCACAGGUUCCGUCAGACCGACACAAGGUAGAACGCUCGGGCUCUGUCAAGUGAACGGCGGGUCGCAAUCGUUCAAUACAGUCAACCUGCUACGACAACUCGGUCGAUGGAUGCGCAUGUGGACCAUACCCAAUCAGUCAUCUAUACCCAAAGCAUGGACGCAAUUCGACAAGAGCGACAGAUUGAUGCCUUCUGGUAACCGUGAUCGAUUGGUCGACGUCUGCGAAGAGCUCGUCAAAGCGACCAUACUGCUUCAGCCCCAUCUGGAACUCCUCGGUGAUCGUUACUCAGAGCGUGCAGAGCGAGCAGAGCAUGGCCGACUGCGCACUCAGGCCGAGACCGAGCUGGCCAAAAGCGCACCCUCCUGAGCGUGCUAGCCUAGUCCAUCGCAGGCACAACACGGAUCUGCGUUUCGGCAGCACAAAGUUGCUUCGCGUGCGGGCGCGCAGACGUGGCUGGUACACAUGUACACUGCAAGAGGCGGCAAGCGCGCAGCUACAAAGCUACCGACAUGCCGACCAUCAUGAUCACAGGCAAUGUCCAGUCACCAAAA